CCAACCAACUCAAACGUGUUUAUAAACCCAGAGAUCGUAGACACUUCCCUUAACUAAUAAAUCUCACGAGUGAAGUGAACAUCUAGACAGAGACAGUGAGGAAGAUUUAAGGUCUGUUAACAGAAAUGCGUUUUGCUCUGACGCUCCUGUGCGCUGUGCCGCUCCUGUGCGCUCUGCUCAGUCUGUGCGCAGGAGAUGUCGGGGAUUUCUCGGAGUGUUCGAGCUUCUUCUACCGGACUCGGCCACCCACAGGCAUCGCGGGGACUCCGAUCUGUCAGCGCUACAAGAACCGCUACCACUUCGCCACACUGUACAGCCGGGAGCGCCGCACGCCCUGGUUCUCCGGGUACGUCUUCUCCUUGCCGCAGGGAAAGCGCCCCAGAGGGGAAUGGAAGUACGAGCCACAGCUAGCCAAAGCCAAGGCUGACGGCAACAUGGUUCCGUUUCCAAUUCCACCUGCCAAAGUGGACCAGAAUGUGGUGGAGAGCCAGGCCGUCCAGAAGGAUUACACCAACUCAUCCUACACACGUGGCCACCUGAACCCAAACCAGCACCACAAUGACACUAUUGCGCGUCGUGCCACCUUCACCCUCACCAACGUGGUGCCACAGAAGUUACAAUCCAAUGAAGGUCCGUGGGCCAAACUAGAGAAUAACGUCACCAAGAUCCUCAAGGAAUACUGCCUGGGUGAGGCGUACAUAGUGACUGGAGUGAUUCCAUAUGAAAAAGACCGCUGGCUGAAGGAUGAGGGCAGAGUGGCCAUCCCCGAGUAUAUGUGGUCAGCCUACUGCUGCCAGAAGUACAACCAGAACCUUCCUGAUAGCCUGACAGGCAUGUUCCCAACGUUUGGUGCCAUUGGUAGGAAUGAUCCAAACAGUACCCAGGAGAUUGUACCAGUGGACCAACAUCAAAAGAAAGAAGAGCUAGGGUACGAUGUUCGGUUAAUGGAGCUACCGGUUCUGGAGGGGUACUUGAAGAUGAGAUACAGGAUGUCUAUCAGUGUUUUCGAUCAGCAGUGCUCAUCGGCAUAGCCAGCAUUUCAAUCUUAGUAACUGUUUAUCUCAAACACCAGAUUUUUAUAAAUGAAAUUAUAAAUUAACUUAUUGUGAGCUGUAAGUGUAGCAGAUGAGUGCUAGAGCAUCUCAUUCUUCAAACUGUGACGGUUUUCUCUACAGUAGCUUUGAAUGAACCAAAUAACUAUACAUAAUGAUUGUGUAACAACUGAGCAUGUGUACACAAGUUACUGUUUUAUAAAAAUGAUUUCAUUCGUUUAGUUUCAUUCGUCAAAAUCAUCAGUAAAAUAUUUUAGUAUUCUGCCCAUAUAAUGUACAUAAUAUAAUUGAAUUGUAUCUAUAAUUGAAUAGAAUUUUAUGCACUGGAUUAAUUUGUGUAUUCAAAUGAAAAUUACAGCCUAGAAGUAGGACCCCCGAUAAAUACUAGCGUAGUUUUAUAUCCUACCAACAGAUGUCAGCAUUUAUUAAAAAUAUAUAUAGAGCGCAAGCUCAUGACUCCCAAAGGAUCCUUCAGUAUGUUAGUGUUAAAAACCGAUAGUUUUUAACGUCCACUUAUAGCUAUUAAGUUGUUGUUGUUUAAUUUUGUGUUUUGGAAGUGAAUAUACCAAUAUACCUCAAUACUGUGCAGAUAUGGAGAAAAAAUUGCACUAAUUGGACUAAGGUAAUGUCUUUUGGUAAAAUGUCAUUCACCACUACGUUGUUGUUGUUGUUGUUGUUGUUUUCUUUCAUCACCAACUGUACCGUAUACCUCAGGAUUAACUUUAAUAUUAACUUAGACUAAUAUCUUAACUUUUUUUGUGCCUUCAUGCAUGAAUGUUGGUAUUGUAAUUAAUAAUUGUUUAAAUCAUCGGAAUCUAAGAAUCUGAAUUAAAAAUCCAGGUGAAGGUUCAAGAACUUCAACUGAUGGAUAUAAUAAACAAGCCUUCAUGUCUAGUGUUUGUGAGCAUGUGCUUUAUAAGGAGGACAAAUAGGAAAUGAGUGUAAAAGUAAACGGAUAGUCUUAAUAUUGAGGGAAGGGUGCCCUCUGGUGGCAUGGAGGUGAAAUACCCUGGGCCAAUAACACAUUCUCAUUCUAAUGUAGUUAAGAAACUUUUAACUGCAGUUUACUCACUUUGGUGAAGCCUACUUUAACAUCUAAGAAGGUUGGAAACGCUUGGAGAGGAUCUUGGUCUACUCCACUGUUCACUAUUCUUAGUUUAAAAAAAAAACCAUUAAGUUCAGACUGCAGGAUUUUGGAUAAUAAUAAUUAUCUGGAUAAUAAGAUCACCAAACAAUGUUUUUGUGGUCCUUCACAAUGCCAUUAAUCUUCACUACAGCCUGAAAGCCUCCACCCACAAAACAACCUCAAGCAAUCACUGAUCCACCAGCACAGUGCUGUUAGGAACUUACUAGUGCAAUUCCCUGACAGACCACCAGGGUAUCUUCCCUUUUGUAUCUGUCUUUGUUAGUCAUUGUUACAUGUCUUGUUCAAGGUACUGCCGUGUUCAUUUUGUAUUAUGCUUAAGUUAUAUCAUGUUAAGUGUUCUAUGUUAAAUUAAAGCAAGGAAUAUGA